GAGCUAACUGACCGGGGGACAGCACCAUGCUAGCCGCAGAGGGACAGGUGCACCGCGGCGUCGAGCUGUGACGCGUCCCGCCUCGUCCGCUCGGGUUUCUACAUCCGGGGAACAAAGAUAAAGAAAACACGUCUUAACGGCUGUCCUUCACCCGUCACCGUCGUAUCCGUCUCUCUCCGAGCCCGCAGCCUGGAUGCGGACAUGGCGUCGGCCAAGUUAGAGUCCAGCGUCCUGCAGGAGGAGCUCACCUGCCCGGUGUGCCUGGACCUGUAUCGCGACCCCUUCUUGCUUCCUUGCGGCCACAACUUCUGCAAGACCUGCCUGGAUCGCCUGAAGCGGCAGGCGGAGCGCGGCCGCUUCCGCUGCCCCGAGUGCCGGGACAGCCACCGCUGUAGCACCAACUUUCAGAAGAAUUUCAAACUAGCCAAUAUUGCCGAUGACUACCGCCACAGGCGCAGAGCCACCGCUGAAGCUGCCUCAGGUUUGAAAUCCAGAGGGUUGCCGUCGUCCUCUCGGAGUGUGUGUGUAGUUCCGUGUGACUACUGCCCCUCGGUCGCAGCUGAGGCGCCAGGCGUCAGUGGUGAGGGCGACGACUCUUCUGCUGCUUCUGUUUCUCAUGAAGGUGACGGAGCCGCCGCCGCCGCCGCCGCUGCUGUGUCAAUGUUUGCGGUGAAGACGUGCCUGAAAUGUGAGGUGUCUAUGUGCCAGGAGCAUGUAAAGCCACAUCUGGAACUACCGGCGUUCUGCGAGCAUCCGCUGACAGAACCCAUAUUUGACUUCUGGAAGAGGAAGUGUCCAGCGCAUGAUGAAAUAUACAGAUACUACUGCAUGGACGACAAGUUGUGUGUGUGUAACGCCUGCACCAUAGAAGGAGAACACUCCGGACACACAAUGAAGACCCUGAAGAACACAAUGAAAGAUCUCAAGGGCACACUGGACAAGCAGCUGUACCGGGCUGAAAGGAAGUACAGCAUGGCGGAGAAGAAACUCCAGGAGCAGAGGGAGAAGGAGAGACAGAACAAGAAGUUCAUGGACGACUCUGAGCAGUGCCUGAACAGACUCAACGAGGAGAUGAAGGCCAAAGUGCUCGGCUUCGUCGCCCAACUGCGGGACUGCACGCGCACUCAGUGCGACACCAACGGGCUGGCCAUCCAGAAGAACAUCUCCAAGAUCUCGCAGGACCAGGCCCGACUCCAGGAGGCUCGCUGCGGCCUCGAAAGUCUCAUGCAGGAAAACGAUCCUUUCCGCUUCAUCGAGGCGUACAAGACGACAGGGAAACAGUGCCGUCGGCAGCUGAGAAGAAACAUGUUCUACCCAGAAUACGUUGACAUGGAGACGGAGGUUCUCGUAGCAAUGAUGGAAGAAGAAAUGAGGAAAUUCCUGGACGAUGAACUCCAGUGUAGCAUUGUUUCCGCCUUAAAUUCCAUGUGUCAUCUUACAGAUCUGGAGGAGGAGGAGGAGCAGGAGGAGAUUGAGGAAGAGGCCGCAGAGGAGGACGAUGAUGACGAUGACCUCAACGACAGCAGCGAGGAAGACAUGAGGAGCGAGGGCGAGGUGGAGGAAGACGAGGAGGAGGAGGAGGAGGAGGAGGAGAACGAAGAGGAAGGACCCAACCAGAGGGAGCUGGCAGAUGAUCUUUACAGUCCGGAGGAGGAGGAGGAGGAUGACGACAGUGAUGAGGAAGGAGAGGAUAGAGAAUGGGAGGAGGGGGAGGAGGAGGAGGAGGAGAGAGUGGUUUAACCGAGGAUGUGAUUUGUUUACAUAUAUUUUUACACCUUUUGAAGCACUUUGAAUUUGACACUCGGCUUCGGGUGAGUGCAGCAGAUGUUCCGACAUCUGUUUGAGUGUCGCACACACACACGUCCUCUCUUUGAAUGUCCCACUGACAGAACAGCUGCCACACUUUGCCUCAAACCUUCCACAGCAAGCUGAGAUCUACCGGAGGAGGGCGGCGCUGCGAUUCAGACGGAUUCAGAACCAACCGGGAGCGAAUCUCGUGUCCGACCUGUGCUGCAAACCGACGACAACUUAAAGGAGACACGUGAUGCUCUGUCAGUGUGUAACCUGGAUAUGAGCAGAAUAAGUCUCCUUUUAAUAAAGUGUUUUUACAUCAGCAGAUAUUUACACAUACAGAUGAAUGUAUAUUAACAGAAUGUGAUUUAAGACUGAAUUUAGAAAACAAGUAUUUUAUUUCUUGCUAGAACAACUGAUUUUAUUAAUUUCCAGUCCUCGAUGCACAAAUAUCUGAAUUCCUUGGGUUUGCCAGUUUUCCGUCACCGUAGAAAGCCUUUUCGAUCAGAAUCCUCGUAAACGGCUCAAAGAUUUGACCCUAAAAAGAUAUUUGAAGUUGAUCCAACGUGUGCUGAUUGAGUCCUGUGCGAGUACGGAUUGUGGGGAUCGCUUCGUCCACGUCAGACUUGAACAUUGCAAGACCAAAGAGUGAAGAUGUACUUUUAAUAAAUGUGUUUGCUUGGCAUGACGUAAAUCUAAGUUACAGUUAACGUUGGCUCCAGGAUGAGUUUGCUUUUCAUGAUUCAUUGUGCUUUAAAAACAGGUGAUGCAUCGUUCAAGAUAUUGUUAAUUAUUCCUAUGCACUCUUCAUAUAUUAUUCCUACAAUAUCAGUUUCAGGUGAUGUGGAAUUUUGCACUUUAUUACAAAAAAAACCUGCUUUGUUGGGCCUGAAACUUUUGAAUGUGAGAAGCUGACUUUUAUUUUGAUAUGAGUGAUUUUGUGAGCGGCCAAACAAAAACCAUUCAUAUAUAAAAAUGAAGCCUGCUGAAAACUG